AGAGAUGGCUCCAAAGGCAUUAAAUCCAUCCGGCAGAAGCUGGAGAGCUUCUCAAAGGAGAGGAAAGGUCAUCGCCAACGACCGCGCCUGCCGCCAGCUGCAGGAGGCCGUGGGCAGGAGCCGGCGGCUGUGCCUGGAGGUGGAGGCCACGGUGACCAGGUUCCGGGCUCAGAGGCAGAGGAGGUUGGGAAUGGGCACCAGCUGUAUCCGGGCUCCCGACGGGGGCUUCCCAGAGGAGCCGCUUUCCCCAUCUCUUCUGGACAAGAGCUCCUGGAGCCAGCGGAGGGGGGCCAUGUCCGUGGAUUCCAUCACGGAUCUGAGUGACAACGCGUCCGAGCUGCUGGAGGCCCUGCAGCUCUCCCACCCCCACGAGCUGGGCCCUCGCAGGAGCCGGGGCAAGAAGAGGCCCCUGAGCCUGAACCCCAUCACCUGGCAGGUGCCACGGAUUGUGGACAGGUGCUGCACACACCUUGAGACACACGGGCUCCAAACUGUUGGCAUCUUCCGUGUCGGGAGCUCCAAGAAAAGAGUCCAGCAGCUGAGGGAGGAGUUUGACCGAGGGCUGGAUGUUUUCUUGGAUGAACAUCAAAGUGUUCAUGAUGUGGCUGCCCUGCUCAAAGAAUUUCUCCGGGAUAUGCCCGAUUCCCUGAUUCCCAGAGAGCUCUAUGGAGCCUUCCUCAGCACAGCCACCCUGGAGGGGCCAGCCCAGCUGGACACCCUGCAGCUGCUGCUGUUCCUGCUGCCCCCGUGCCACAGCGACACCCUGCUCCGGCUCCUGCGCUUCCUGGCACGGGUGGCCCGGCACGCCGAGAGCUCCUGGGACCCCGAGGGCCACGAGAUCCCUGGGAAUAAAAUGACAGUGUCAAACCUGGCUACAGUCUUUGGUCCCAACAUCCUGCAGAAGGAGAAGCCUGGAGAGAAAGAUGCCAGUGCCCUGAACUUUGAGGACAGCGCUGCCAUAAUCCUGGUGCUCCAGAGGCUGAUUGAGCACCACCACUCCCUGUUCAUGGUACGUGGGGCUCCUCAGGCCAGUCCCUCCUUCCCUCUGAACUCUUCCAAGAGCAGCAGAGGAACGAUUUUGUCCCUGUCAGAGAUGCACACCUCGGUCUGUGCCUGUCCUCUGGGAAGGCUCUGGCUCCUUCCUCUCUCCACCCUCCCAUAG